AUGACAACUUCUUUAUCAGUAGCUAAAAGAGAAAGGAGUAGUAAUACUACUACAUCUGCAUCUGAUUAUCAUUCAUCGAGAUUUGAUAAUCCGGUUGUAGUUGUUCCAGAAGGAGUUGUUAAAAGAAAGAAAUUAGACUCUCUGUCGUCACCAAUAUUUGGCACCUAUUCUUCGCCAGUCAAAUCAACUCCAAUCGAUGUGGAUGAAGCAUCAUCGUCGCAACGCAUCAAACCAAAUGUAUCGUUCAAAGCUAAACCUACCUUUGUUGAUAUCCCAUCGUCACCCAAAGACACGCUUUAUCCAAGUCUCUCGGACAAGCAACAACAAAAGAGCAGUCCUUGUGUUAUGAAAUCGAUUGGCACCAAUACUGUAGACAAGUUCAUGGCCGAUGAAGACAUGGAAUCUGAAUCGUCCGAUGUCCUUUCAGAGGUGUGCUCUGAGACUUCUUCCACGACCACUGCAGGCUGUUCAAAGGAUCUGCAACACGCCAACAAACAGUUGCUCAACGCCGACGACACUGAAGUACUGACUCACCAGAUUGAGCUGGAAGAGUCAAAGUCGACCAUGUUUGGUCUGCUACAGUGCACCAUUUGCAAUCAACUAUUACUAAAAAAUCCGCUACAGUGUUCCAAUGGUUGUUUGUUCCAUGAAGAUUGUAUCAACAUGGUGAUCAAAGAAACAAAGCAACGUGAAUGUCCAAAAUGUCAUACUCCAACCACCACAUCUAACCUUUCAAAGUGUACAUUCUUGCAUGAAUUUAUUUUACAUUCAUCUGUAAAAUGUAAGAAUUCCUUUUACUUGGAUAAUGAAGGAUUCAAGAGUGAUCCCGAAGGAUGUAGUGAGAGUGAUUUCUUGCCAGCAAUCAUUGGUCAUCAACAAAAAUGUGGCUUUAAAUUGUUGACUUGUGAAUUUAGUCAAUGCUCAUCCAAACCAGGUGACGAUGAUAUCUGUCCAUUGAUUAGAAGAAAGGAUCAAGCAACACAUUAUAAAUCAUGUAUUCAUAGAAAGAUUAAUUGUACUCUAUGUUCAAUGGAAAUUACUUUUAAAGAAAUUGAUCCACAUGGUGAAGAAUGUCAAAUGGCAUUGAUUGAAUGUCAUCAAUGUGAUACACAUGUUCUUCGUAUGGAUUUGGAUAAGCACAUUCAAGAGGAAUGCUUGGAGACUGUGAUUGAAUGUCCACAUCAAUUCUGCUCUGAUAGAAUCAAGAGAAAACACAGAGACCAUCACAUGAAGGAUAAUGAAUUGAAGCAUCUUCAAAACCAAAACUAUGAUUUAACCAACCAAUUGAAUCAUCUUCGAACCUCGUUUAGCCAUAGUAUCAAUGAGACGAAUAAUAGUGGUGGUUCAUCUACUGCUUCUACUUCUCGUUCUACUCACGGUCAUAGCCGUUCAACUAGAGGAAGUGAUAAACCAAAGGUUAAACAAUCUGGUUGUGUCAUUAAUUAA